ACAGAUAUUUUUUUGACCUAAAACGCACUCUAUAGUCCUUGGUCGAUUAAAAACAGGCUCUAGAUGGAAACCGAGGAAAGAGAUUGGGUAGAUGUGACCAAUGAUCUUCUUCACAAGUGUCACAUUAAUCUUAAGAUACAGAGGGUCACAGAAUGCGAUGCCAGUGUUUUUGUGGCCUUAUAUGAAGCUAUAUUAGGAGAAAAAGUACCAGAUUAUAUAGUCACACCAAGCAGCCAGGAGGAUGACAUUCACAAUGUACAAUCUGUAAUUGACUCGUUAGCUUUGGAUUAUCUGCAGAUCAGUUUAUCUCAUAUCACAGGGGAGAACAUAGUGACAGGAAAUAAGGAUUCCAUUCGAAACCUUCUGGAGAUCUUUGAUGGGCUGCUUGAGUAUCUUACAGAGCAACUGAGUGAGGAGGAAGAGCUGCUGAAUGGAGAGCCUAUUGGUACAGUCCACCAAGCAGAAACACAGGAGCUGGAUAAAGAUGAGAAGUUGUCUCAGACCAAUAGUACACAUUCUGUCAACCAGUCCAGCAAGUAUUCCUGGAACGGAGAUGAAUCUGAAUCAACCACUGAACUUAUUCGGCUGGGUGAUUCUGCUCGUACGUUUACCACUACGAAAGAAGUGCAUCCCAGUACUCCACCUUCGGUAGUACCUAAUGAAAAGGCGCAGAGUAAUCCUGAUCCACCUGCAGCUCUGCCAAUUCAACCUCAAGAACCGGUACAUUCAGCCAUUCCACUGCAACCACCCCAGCAGACCACUCCACGUCGGACGGGGACACACUCAUCUCCUUCAUGUUCUCCACCUGCCACUGAAAGAACUGAGGACAACUCAGAUGAUACGAACAAACAGAAUGGUCAUUUCUCUGAGUGUAAUGGUGUUCAGACAAAUGGGAUCCACUCAUCCUCUGCAGUAAGCGAGAAAUCUGUGCCUAGUCUACAAGAAAAUCAGCCCAAGGCAUUAAGGAAACAAGAUGAGGGGGCUGCUGAAGGAACACGACGAGUCCUAUUCCGUACUCAGCCAGAUGUGCUUCUACUGUCGCUCCCACGUGAUACGAGUGAGGUGGAGUACACUCACAGACAUAACGGGGUGGAAGAGGAGCAGAGUGAUGAACAGCCGCACAGCUCCGGCUCAUCGUCUGGUAGACAGAGGCACCACAGGAGCAGGAGACUGGUUAAGCAAAGUGAAGACCCGUUGUGCAGACGCAGUCAAAGAAACCGACAGGCUGAGCAGGAGCUGCAGGAGAUGUCUGAAAAACUAGCUCGCAGGCUUGAGGAUCUUGACCUGAUGCUGAAAAGAGCUUUGGGUGAAACAGGAGAGGGGUCAAAGCCCCCAGAAGAGGACAAACACUCCCACCACAGUGACAGUGUCAUGGAGUGUAGACAUGCCCCCAGACCCACAGAUAAUGCCAGUGUGGACAGACCAUCCCGUACACGCUCGCUUUCUCCUUCUCCUUCACCUGUACGUAAUUCCAGACAGGGCCCGCUAGAGGGCGCUCCGCUCACACACUCCCGGCGACACACAUUCCGACGGCGGCACGCAGAGCUACAAGACCUUCAGAGCAACCGUGGGAAAAGCCAGAUGGUGGCCGAAGCGUACGAGGCAGAGCUGAAGCAUUUGGAUGAGCAGCAAAGAGUAGAAGUGGCCAUCGAAAGACUCAGAGCUCAGAAAGCUGAACAGAAGUAUAGGGAGGCCAUACGUAAAGAAGCAUCUUGUGUUUCCAAGUCUUCUCAGGCCCACAGAUCAAAACUGAAGACCUCAAACAGAAGCUCACACCCCAGAGCUGCAGCACCUAGCCGGCCACGCAUUCAAACCCGCAAAACAGCGCCAUUGCGGGUAAAGGAGAACGACAUGUUACCGACUUUGUUAGAGGAUUUUCCACCACUGCGUUUCUCUCCUCACACCGUCUCCCACAUGUGGAAGCAGCAGCUACGGCAGGUCGAACAACUCGGUGCUCUGAACAGCCAGCGCAGACACGCCCAAAAACUCACCAACCAGCUAGAAGAGGCUCACAAAAGACACAACCUGCUCAUGGAGAUAAUUUGCAAAGAGCAGGAGCACAGCCGUCGCCUGAGAGAUUUUCGGGAGAGGAUCCAGCAGCAGAAAUCUGCUCAGAAUAAGCUGCAUGAGCAGAGACAGCAGGUGGCCCGCGCCCGCAAAUACCACAACGAUUACCACGUCCAGCUGCGCGCCCGACGUCUCAGAGCCCGCACACGCGAAGAGAGAAUGUUUCGGCAGGUGUUUGAGGAAGGACUGGAGCUGCAGAAAGCUCGCUUAAGAGAACAGCGAGCAUACUCUAAAGAACAGCGACUUGAGCAUGACCGCAAACACAAAGAUGAAAUCGAAACUAUGGAGAACUACUACAGAGACCAGUUCUCCAUGUUGGCUGAAAAACUCGCUGUGGAGCGGGAAGAGAUACAGAUGCGUAAGAAUGCCCAAGAGAAGGCUUUGCAGAAGAUGAAGCGUGAGCUGAGAAACAAGAUGGAGCGAGAGAUACAGGAGCUACAGGAGAUCAUUGUUCAUGAUGAUGAGGAAGAUUAUUUCCGUAAACUAGAGGUGGACCGGAUGCGCAGACGGGUGCAGAUGGCCUCAUUCCAGUAUAGCACCAACUGCACACAUUGACUCCAGGUCGGUGAGGACCGACUAUAUUAGGAGAGAAUUAUUACCAAGGGCUGAUCUAAGACCAGUCUUAACUUUACCUCACAACAGGCUCAAGGGUUCUUAGUGUUUAAAUACACGAUAAAUACAGAUUGUCACACACAGGCUUAUAUAUAAGACAAUUCAUGUAUUAGAACAUUGGACAGAAUACCAGAAUCCCAACUAGGGGUGACUAAUAUGGCACAAAUAUCCUCAACUGUGAUUUUAGGGUUUACUGAUCUUGUACUUAUGUUUAUUAGCCAUUUUAUGAGCUAUAUCUUAUUUAGGGAUUGUACUUUGUUGUUGUUCAUAUACUGAUUGUAGCCUAUGUGUUGCUCAGUACAAUAUGUCACCCCUUCCUGGCCAUUAAGUUAUAAAAAUGUACCUUCCAUUCGGACCACUCUCAGCAUUGCUGUUAUGUGGUUAUACUGGUAUGAGUGUAUAAGGUGCAUUAAUUUUUAAAUAUUUUUAAUCAGCUCAGUGUUAAUGCUGGUAGGAAAAUAGGAUACUGUUGGUUUUGUAUUUCUGACUGGAGAACUGUGAUAGUGUCCACUAAUAGAUUAUAGAUUAAUUAACAAUUCUGUGUCAAAAAAGCCUACAAGUACUAACAUGGCAUGUGUUCCUAAUGAAGAGGCCCUUUAGUGUAAACACUAUUUAAAAAUCCUAACAACAUAACUGUACCUGAUACCCUUCUAUCAGAGCAACACACACUACAAUGGCAUUAGCAUAUUAAAAAGCUCCUUUUCAUUGAUGGAUGGUGUACAGGAGGAGUGACAAAGUAUACAGAGCAACACAUGGGCUACAGUUAGUAAUUGUAUACUCAAAAAGUGCAUCUAUUUGCUAGAUGUAGUUUAUAAAAUGGUACAUGGUUGCAUAUACAAGGUAGGUAAUUCCUUGUGUUGGAGUGGUUGGAGAGGGUACACUUAUCACAAUAUUUUAAGUAACUAUACAAAUCAAGUGCUGCUAAAACUGUAGCUCUGCAUAAAACAAUAGUGUGGAGGUGAUGUUAGAAUAAUAAAAAAUAAGAUAAUGUACAAUUGAUAUUACUAUGUGAAUUAGAGCUAUUACAGUCUAUUAGCAUUAGACCCUUAUUAUAUUACGGUGUGCUAAACCAGUACAUACAGCAUCCAAAAAUCUAAGUUGACAGUAUGUCCACAUUGUUAGAUAA